UACACCGUGCAUAUAUACUUUGUGUCUCAUGCUGUCUGUUGCCAGUUCAUUGUAUCUAGUCAUGUUUCAGCAUUCCUUUUUUGCCUCGUCAUUGACUCAUAGUCAUCUUAAACUGUGUCUUGUUUUUUGAUCUUGCCUUUUGCUUCACGUUUUUGGAAAACAGUUGCCCAUUCGGACUGCCUACCAGUGUACCGACCUCUACCUAUUAUUAAAAUAUAAAUACAAAGGCCUGCAACAUGAUGUCACAAUCAUGUGAUUUUCGUCAACGCGCCAUAUAGGAAGACAAAGCGAUUACUUGGAGGGUCGCAUGCUCAAUGACUAUAUGGCUCAUGUCGACAAUACUAUCGUCAACCUCUGCCCGAAAUGCGAACAGGGCCCUCACGACACACAGCACAUCUUCAACUGCGGAGCGGCUUCCACUAUGCUGACCAUAAUGGAGCUGUGGAAAUGCCCGAAGGAAGUGGCUGCCUUCCUGGACCUAGAAGUCGACUGAACAAUGGGAUUGCCUGGCUACAACGACAACAAACAAGUGUACCGGCGGCUGUACCUCCACGCACCAGUGACCACAUUAUUUUUUACAAACUUGCACAAACCAACCAGCCUCCAGGUAUAUGUGGAAUUUGAUGACCAGGAGUGGGAGAAGAGAGAGUGGGUGAAGGUCUAUGAUGAUUUCCAGCUGUUUCUUCUUGAGCACCAGCUGGUCUGGGCCAAAAGGAAAGACGGAGAAGGAGAAGCAGGAGCAGGUGGAAGAGUACUCGGUGGCCUUUUACAGGGAAUGAAGGCUAAACACAUACAGUGGCCUGCCCUGGCAUUUAGGCCGGUGGUAGGGAAAAGCCUGUUGUCAUCAGUAACAGCGGUGGAAUUCUUGCUAGACCGACAUCUGGACUUCUUAUCUGACCUUUCAUCCUAUCAACCAUACCAGGAUGAGGUGGACAAUCAGAAUCCAGUGUUAAGAGAUAAUCCUCAACUCCAUGAGGAACUCAAGGGUUGGCUCAAAGACCAGAAAGUGCAGGAAAUUUUUAUGCAAGGUCCCUAUUCGUUGAAUGGCUACCGUGUGCGUGUAUACAGACAAGACUCAGCCACCCAGUGGUUCACAGGCAUCAUUACACAUCACGACCUCUUUAGCCGAAACAUGGUCGUCAUGAAUGACCAGGUGCUUGAGCCUCAGAAUGUGGAUCCAUCCAUGAUUCAGAUGACCUUUCUUGAUGAUGUGGUUCACUCCCUGUUGAAAGGAGAAAAUAUUGGGAUUACCUCCAGACGAAGGUCACGAUCCAGUCAGAAUAACAAUUCUGCCCAUAUGGUUGGAGGGAGACCCAGCGGAACCUCUGGCAACACUCAGAGUCAUUAUACACGAGCUCAAGCUAACAGCCCCCGUCCAAUCACGACAUCAUCGGGCCCCAACCCAAAGGGUUCCCAAGGGACACUGGCUUCACAACAGCAGAGUCAAUCACUGCAAAACCAGCAACCAUCUAGCCAGUCGUACCAUUCUCCCAGUGGCAACGGACGGGAACAGAGAGAACAGCGUAACUCUCGCUCAUCCCGGAGAAAAGGGUCAGAUAGCAGCAUCGCUGAAGAGGACAGAGACAGGAGAGAAGAAGCUGUCGGCAAAGACACUAAAUCUAAGGCCAAACAGGCAAUAAACAAACGCAGGAAGGUUGAUGAUGAUGAGAAGGUUCGUCUAAAGAGACUGAAGACAGACAUGACAUCUGACUUCUCAGAGAGCAGUGACUCUGAAAACCCACACAAGAGGAUGGCCCAUUCCUCAUACUCCUCUUCUUCGUCCUCAUCGUCGUCCUCUUCUUCCUCCUCUUCUUCCUCCUCAUCAGAACCAAAUUCUGAGAAUGAAUUAAAGACUCGCAGCAGUGAUGUGAAAUCAAAUGUUUCAAAAAUUGAGGAUAAGGAGAAGACAAUAAUGCAGGCUGCCAAAAUGAAUGAUUCCUCAUCCCACAUUGGUUGCCUGUCCUCGUGGGUGGAGCUUCAAACGACAGACGACAGCAAGAAGGCUGUUAUGGAAACAACCAAAAUGAUCACAAAGGAGGAGGAGGAAUUGGUGGCAGUGACGCAGAUCACCCAAUCUCCACAGCAACAGAUGCCUCUUAUGUCUGACAUUACCCAGUCUAACAUAAUAGAGAGUAGCAAGAACACCAUGAAAGUUUCAUCUCGAUGCCAUACACCUUCCUUGUCCCACCUCCAUGGCAGUGGCGUGAUUGACAUCACAGAUGAUGCACAAGCCACUGUGCAUCAAGAGAGUUCAGAGGCUGUGUCAGCUUUGCUUGCCUCCCAGAAGGCAGAGUCCACAGCCCUCUCGCCUUACCUCACCUUGGAUCCAUCCCCGGUCUCCUCACCUCCUGUCCCUCCUUCACCUUCACUAUCAGAAGGUGGCCGGAGGACUGAUAUUGAUCCUGCUGUGCAGCAGAGUCUAAUCGGAGAUGGUGUGACAGCAGCCAGGAGCUUAAACAACAAAAUAGAGUUUACUUCUUCUGAAGUUAUCAGAUCUGUCACAUCAAUGGCUGGUAAUGUGAUGCUGGUAGACAAGGAAAAAUCACUAAUUCCUCAUCCUUUUCUUCAUCAACAUCAACAGCAGCACAUGCAGCAACACCAACACUACACCUCUGUCCAAUCUGGCAAGAGUCCAUGUUUAUCUGAGGAGCAAAGCAAAUACCAAAACCCACACCCUGACAAGAUGAACACUGUCCUUUCCACUGACAUGGCUAAAUCAAAAAUUAACCAUAACACACCCCCCUUCGACUCAGUUAAACAAAAAUCCCAGCAACCCAACAACUCUCAGAGCCAUCUGUACUCUAGCAGUAGUCCAUCAGAUUAUAUCAAGUCUAAGUCCUAUCUAGACCUAAUUAAUAUUUCAAAACCUAAACCAAAUACCUCUCCAGAGGUCUCAAAACAUAAAAUACCAGGAUAUUCUGAUACCUCUUCCCCUUCAUCAGGUCGUAUAGCCAGUAAAGCAGAAACAACUGAGCCUCUUCAAUCUAGUUUGAGGCCAAUACCAGAUCAUUCACAGUCAGGUGGGGGCAGUACUAUCAGCAAGACCAAGAGCUGUCUCAUCAUCGAUAAGAAUGAGACAUUCACUAUUUACAGGGACCCAGCUUUGAUUUCUUCUGAUAAUGAAAACUGUUCCUCCACCACCGUCUCUUCGAACCAUGUGUCGGCAUAUCUCCACCCUCAUCUACACAGCCUCCACUCACCAUCUCCCCACUCACCUUGCCUCAGCCCUCCAUCUCACCCACAUGCUGCCUCUCACCUGCUAGCUCCUCCUCACACCUCGGCUUUACCUCACCCACACCUUCUACCCCCUGGGGUUCUCUCUGCCAUGCCUCCUCCUCACACAGCAUCUCUUCUCGGGGGCCAUCCCCAGCUGGAUUCCCCUGGAGGUUUAGGUCCCCUUGCCCUCCCACACCCAGGAGCUGCACAGCAGCAACAGUUCCUACAGGGUCAGGGAGUCCCUCAUCCCCCUCUACUCACUCAGCCUCAUACUGGAGCAGCAGGUUUGGGCCUCUACCCCAUCAUUUGGCAGUAUCCCAAUGGAACACCAGGUUCAUACCAACAAGGACUUAACCUACCCCCCACAGCUAAAUGGAUUCAUGCUGAAAAUUCAGUUGCUGUUAACUCUGAGGGAUCUAUCCGAAAGAACACAGCCAGUCCUUGGUUGCACCAAGCUGUUGGUAGUUCAAGUGACAGUUUGGGUUUGCUGAGUCACGUUCCUGUACGGCCAGCCAGUGCCGAUCCCCACAGCCCCUCUGUUAAAAUCAACCCACACGCUAGCCCGCCACUGUCAAAGAUCAAUUUGGACAUUCAUAAAGAAACGUUGACAUUGGCCCAGCUGAAACAAGAGCCAACGGAGAGUAACAGGACCAUCGCUGGAAAAGAUGCACAACUUCACCGCCUCUACUUGGACCCCCACAGCAAGAUGCACCUUGCUAAUGCACAGGAUGCUGUUCAGGCGGUGGACCGAGCGAGUAAAUACAAAGAAGAGAAUCGUCAAAUUCUGAAGGAAAGCAUCGAGGUGGCCCCUUUCACUGCCAAGAUUCAACACUCAAGUGAAUUUGGGAUUGACAGGGACAGGGAGAGAAGCAGAGAUCCCACUUUUCCUGUCAGGAUACCAGCUCUCGCUUCCCUGAGCCCAAAGGCAGGCCAUGCACAUCCCCAUAUUGUCCAGCCAGAAAAGAGCACCUAUUUUACCACUUUGUCUAACAGUGUUAUUAAUGAGCCCCCAAGACUGUACCCUUCUAAAGAACUCAGCUCUUACUAUAAGAAGGUGUCAAUCGGACCUCAAGGGGUUGUGGCUAGUAUUAGAGCAGCUGUCUCAAGCCAGAAUGCUCUGUCACUAGCCAACUACAAUGCCAAAAUGUCCAUCUCUAGGCCACCUCCUCUAAUUAAGCACUAUCCAGAGGGUGGUGAAGGCCUAGCAGGGAAAAUUACUGAGCAACUCAGCCAGCAGGCAACGCUAGUCCUACACACAGGUGUAGAAAGGACGGAGCGCUGUAGCCCUGCUAUUUCUCCUUCCUCCUCUAUAUCUUCCUCUUCAGCCUCUAACCACUACCCACAUCAUCACCACCCUCAACAGCAGCAACACAACCUCAGGGCAAUGCCAUCGCUUCACAGAGCACCCGUCUUCCAUCCACCCACUCAACAUGCGCUGGAACAUAAAGAGGCUGUAGACAGAGAGCGAGAAAAGGAAAGAGAGAGAAUUGGCUAUGGUGGGCGUCUGUCUCCACCAACUCUCACACCUAUCCAACCAGUGACCUUAGCAGCAUCUGGUAGCAAAACAUCAAUCGAGCAACAGAAGCCCCCCACGCUACUGCCGGAACUCAGGGAUGUCAAAAGUCAUGGAAAUACUGCCAUUGUUACCCCCAAUGUCAGUGUGGACAAUAUGACAUCAUCAGGUGGGUGGAGAAGUGGUCAAGACAGAAGAGCACUCUUUGGAGAGAAAGCAGUGUCAAGAAGUAAGCCCCAAGCUGCAAUGGCCUCUGUCAUUGUGCGUCCACCUAUGUCAAUUAAGUUUGACAAUCCUGCAAACAAACCUGGUGCUAUGGCCGCUAAGGAAUUACCUUUGGAGAAUGACUGCUCAUCUAAGCUUCACGGGGAAAGGCAAAAACUGGGAGCGAGUGUAAGAGAUCAUGGCACUAAUAGAGUUAUUCAACCCAACUCCAACCUGGAUAACAUGUACGUCCAAUAUAAAAAGACCUCAAUUCUUGUCCUACAGGAGGGAGUGGGAACCAGUACCACAACCUGUGUUCACAGAACUGCUGCUUCAUCAGCUAUACAGAGUAGAAUUGAGGCAACAACUCCUAAGCUGGGUUACUCUCUGCCAUCGCAUUAUGUGCCAGGAGAGCAGCAGGUAGGUGUAGCAUCAUCGACCUCAUUUUCAGGAGGUUCUCUGCCUCCUCCUCGUCAGUCUAGCACACCACAACCUAGCCUUCAUGUCACCCCAAGACCUAGUCCCUGUGCUGGCUCCGAUAAGGCUUACUCACCCUCCUUUGUUCACCUCAAAAAGCACAAAGCUGCACUGGCAGCAGCCCAAUCUAAAAAUAAUCUCUCCACUGCUUCUGUCUCUAACACAACUGGAAACUCACCUCUAGUGGCGGAUCCCAUUGAUAAAAACUACAAUUCCACUCCUCCACCUGUCUCCGGUGAAACAUCAUCUUCAGUGGAUAGCACCAACAACAAAUCAACAGGUGGCAGAACCACACCAGGAAAAUCAAGUCCCCUGCACAAUGGCCAGUCCUCUGGGCCUGCUCCAGCAAGUAGUGGGCAGGCCAGUAACUACCACAAACUGAAGAAAGCCUGGUUAACACGGCACUCCGAGGAAGAUAAGAACACAACUGCUACUGUAACCUCAGUUAGUGCUCAACCAGAGAAAAUGCCCAUCAUUAGCAUCACCACAACAAUGAGUGAAAUGAUGAAACCAUGUACCGUCAAUCUCAGUGCCUCCACAUCCAAUGAGGUGGAUCUGAGUAAGGACACCACAAACAAAGUGGAGCGAGAGAACCUUUCAGAGGAGAAGACAGGUGGAGCCAAAGUUGGGGAGGAAAGGAAAGCAUCCUCUUCACAAAGGCGAGGAAGCAAACGAACCUACGAGUCUCCUUCAGAAAGUGGGGGAGAUGACUCUGAUGCAAGUGAGAGCAAGCUGGAGGGCAGAGCCAAGCGUCAGCCCAAACCAACCUACAAGAAGAAACAGAAUGACAUGGCCAAGAAAAAAGGAGAAAAUGAAAAGGAAGAGGAUGAUGUGAAACCCAACGGCAUCUUUAGAUCUGCUAAAGAGAAGACCAAACUCAAACUGGCCAGUAGCAAUGGGAUCCCACGCUCUGUCCUGAAGGACUGGCGCAAGGUUAAGAAGCUAAAGCAGACAGGGGAGUCUUUCCUUCAGGAUGAUUCUUGUUCAGAAAUCGGACCCAGUUUACAAAAAUGUCGGGAGUGUAGGGUCAUCCGCAGCAAGAAAGGCGAAGAGGCAGCACAUUCUCCUGUAUUUUGUCGUUUCUACUAUUUCAGACGGCUUUCCUUCAGUAAAAAUGGAGUCAUCCGAAUGGAUGGUUUUUCGACUCCAGACCAGUUUGAUGAUGAGGCCCUUGCCUUGUGGAUCCCUGGAACAAUGGAGGAAAGUCAUCUGGAUCAAACCACUGCCAAGUACAUCCUCAGCUUCAUAGGAGACAUGUUCUGUCAGAUGGUCCUGAUGGAGAAUACAGCAGCCACCUGGAUCAAAACAGAUGCCAAGCUUGUUUGGAAGCGUGCGGUUAAGGGAGUGAGGGAGAUGUGUGAUGCCUGCGAGGCAACACUCUUCAACAUCCACUGGGUCUGUCAGAAAUGUGGCUUUGUUGUCUGCCUGGACUGCUACAAGGCCAAGGAAAGAAGGAGUUCCAAAGAUAAAGAACUGUAUAGCUGGAUGAAGUGUGUGAAAGGCCAGCCUCAUGAUCACAAACACUUAAUGCCAACACAGAUCAUUCCUGGCACAGUUCUGACUGACUUAGUGACCUCCAUGCAUUCACUGAAAGAAAAGCACAAUUUCAGACUCCAUUGUGCGUGCACCAACAAACAGAACCUUCUCAGCAAGAUACCGACCACCAAUGGUGUCUCACAGGUACUACAGAAUGUUUUGAACCAUAGCAACAAGAUGUCACUGGUGAAGGCUGAGCCACGCUGUCAACAAAACUCUGAUCAAGGAGGAACAAAAGUAGAGAUGAAUGGAGGAGGAAGAAGUCCGAGCAGCGAUGCGGGAAGUGUGGUUACUCCACCAGAGUCUCACUCACCUCUGCAUUUUCUGGCUGAUCUGGCAGAGCAGAAGUCCAGAGAGGAGAAGAAAGAAAACAAAGACUCUAUGUCGUUGGGUAAAUCUGUGAAUGAAGGUGACAGCCUGGAGGUUCUGCAGCAAUGUAAAACCACCACAGUGAUUGCAAACAGUACAGAGCAGGGCUCCACUCUCAGAGAUCUGCUCACAACCACUGCAGGAAAGUUGAAGCUGGGCUCCACUGAUGCUGGAAUCGCGUUUGCACCAGUAUACUCAACUGCGACACAGAUGGGAAAGGGUGGCCGGUCCAUGCCUAAUAUCCUUGAUGACAUCAUUGCAUCAGUUGUUGAAAACAAAAUCCCUGCUAGUCGCCAGACUAUCGCCACAAAGCUUUCAAUAAAGCAAGAACCAGUCAUCCCUGUCAACAACAGCAACCCUGCACUUAUUUUGUCUGAAGAUGUCAAAACAGACAAGAAGAAAUCAAUGCCUGUUAACGCAGUAAUUGCAGAGGAGUCAUCCAAUCAGUAUCCAGAUAUUCCCCACUGCUGGCUAAAUAAUGGACAACUACUUUGGCUAAAAGAUCACCGUAACCAGAAGAACUGGAAGCUCUUCAGAGAAUGCUGGAAACAAGGACAGCCUGUGUUAGUCUCUGGGAUCCAUAAGCAACUAAAUACCACUCUGUGGAAAGCAGACUCUUUCAAUCAAGAGUUUGCAGACCAUCAAGGAGACCUUCUCAAUUGUAAAGACCAAGUGGUCACCAACUCAGGGAUCAAAGAGUUCUGGGAUGGAUUUGAGGACAUUACGAAACGACUCAAGUCCAAGGAUGGGGAACCUGUGGUUUACAGACUGAAGGACUGGCCUUCGGGAGAGGAGUUUAUGGCCCUCAUGCCUUCAAGGUAUGAUGACUUAAUGAAGAACCUGCCGCUACCUGAGUACUCAGAUCCAGAAGGAAGUCUGAACUUAGCCUCGCAUCUGCCAUCUUUCUUCAUUCGGCCAGAUUUGGGACCAAGACUCUGCUGUGCCUAUGGUGUAGCUGCCUCUCAGGACCAGGACUUUGGGACUGCCAACCUUCAUGUGGAAGUCUCAGAUGUUGUCUCUAUUCUAGUCUAUGUGGGAGUGGCCAAAGGCAAUGGAGUCUUGUCCAAAACUGGAGUGUUAAAGCGUCUGGAAGAGGACAAUUUAGAUGAGGGGGUUCGGAAGAGGCUAAAGGACUCCAGUGAAACCCCGGGGGCACUGUGGCACAUCUACCUCAAUAAAGACAUGGAUAAGGUCCGGGAGUUCCUGUACAAGCUGUGUAAGGAGCAGGGACUGGAUGUAUCAGUGGACCGGGAUCCAAUCAGAGAGCAGAGCUGGUACCUGAGCAAGAAGCAGCGGCAGCAGCUAUUGGACGACCAUGGAGUCCAGGGUUGGACCAUUGUUCAAUUCCUGGGAGACUCCGUUCUAAUACCAGCUGGGUCUAUGCAUCAGGUCCAGAACCUUCACAGCUGUGUUCAGGUUAUCAAUGACUUUGUGUCUCCUGAGCAUCUUGCCAACUCCUUCCACUUGACCCAGCAGCUCAGACCCAACCAUGAGGAAGUCAACUAUGAAGACAAACUGCAGGUGAAAAACAUCCUGUACCACUGUGUAAAAGAGGCCGUGAGCUCCUUGAAAAGGAGCAUUUCUGAGGAUGAGGAGGAAAGUGAGAACUCAUAACAACACUUAUGCCUUGUGCACACGUUUCAGCAACAGUACCAUCACAUGCCGCUGUUCUCUUGAGGAGUCUUAAGAUUGCAGGAGGAGACCGGAGGAGUACAGCAUCUUAUGUGAUCCAGUAGACUCUGUGGUUGGCUAGUAUUUAAGUAGCUGACAAAAGGCAAACCCACUCAUACCACUUAAACCUUGCGACAUAUAAUACCUGCCACCCAAUGUUGCAUUGAUUAUGAACAUAGGAAAAAACAUUUGAUGGAAAAGAGAGGGCAGUGUGCUGGUGGGAGCCUUAUCAUCCACGCCGACUUCUUAAGUGGUACUCUCACAUGAGCAGAAGCGCUGGCUUGGGCAGCAGGCCAGACUGGAGGAGCUGUGUCCUGAACUGUUUCACCACAGGUUAAAUCUGCACCACGAGCCAAUACAGUACGUUUUUUUUUCUUUUGCUGAUUACAACAUCACCAGCAGCAGACAGCAUCAAGAACAUCGUUUCUGAUGGUUAGGGGGAGGAAUCUACAAAAUAAAAAAUGUGACUGGGGGCGGGUGGUCACAAAGCAAAAACCAUCAGCUGUAUGAGUCAGCAGGCUCCUUGUUUGUUCUGUCACUUUUUCCUCUGUGAAGAUGUAUUUAUUUCAUAACUUUAUGUAAAUGUGAUGUUAAUGAGACAAAAAAGCAAUUAUGUAACUGUGACUGUACAGUAUUCCUUUUUCUCCUUUUCUUUUGCGCUAUGUGGUUUUCAGUUGUUAUACGGUUCAACUGUGAUGGAGGACACACACAUGCACCAGCUAAUGCCUGUAUCUUUGGGAAAUACUAAUGUCCUCAUGCCAUAAAUACAUUUGUUUUUUGUUUUGUUUUUUGUUUUGAAGAUGAACUGCCAAACUGUUGUAAAGACUGUCUAAAGUUGUUUUAUGUAUAGUAAAAAUAAUUGCUCAUACGCUUGCAUUUUAUAAAGAAAACUAUUCCCUGGAAAACAGACAUUUACAAAAAGAUGUAAUUUAUUUCAUAAAAUAAUUCUUUUUCAUUUUGAGAUUUGCUAUGUUGAAAUUCUGAAGUUAAAAUAUAAAAUAAUUUUUAAAAAAUAACUAUAAAAUGUAAAUAUAUACAUAUAUUCAUUGAGAUAUUUUUAUAAAACAUGUCUUGCUUCACUUAAAAGUUUUAAAGUGUGUUACAAUGAUUUGUAAAAUGAAGUUCAAAUGGGGUUUUACAUUUUCCAUUAAAAUUGAUUUA